AAACAUAACUUUCUAUAAGUACCAUAUACACUAAUUAAGGAUCAGAAAUGGGAUUAAGUGUGUGGGUGUGUAUAAGUACUCCGGGACAGUGAACAUCAAACAGUACGUAAGAUUGACAUAUAUGGCGACUAUAAUAUAUAUAUGGAUUAAUUUAUAUGUAUAGCUCACAUAUCUUCAAUAAAUAGGGGAACAAAGUUACAAAGGUCUACACAUAUAAAGUAUAAACACAUUUACAAGGAAAUGAUGGAAUGGAAUAUAUAAAUACGUAUUCCAAAUAGUCUACAAGUAGCUCUAUGUAUUGAAUAGAUAGAUAUGUCUCAAAAGGUUUGUGCAUAGUUGUCAAAAGUAUAAUAUUUAUAUUCAAAAGAUUGCAUAUAAAAGAAGAUACAGUGAAAUAAAACUAUAAAAGAGGACUAUUAGAGAAAAGCAUGAAUGGAAUUAAAAAAUUAUGAAAAUGACUAAAGCACAAAAUAUUUUAAUAUAUCGCUAGCUAGGUAACUAGUUGUGUAAGGAUAAAGAGAAUAAAUGACAUGCUACAAUUAUUGUUGAGUUAAAUAAACAAUUCAUUCUCAUUAGAUUCCUAACCUAAAAGAGACUGGAAAUAUGUAGGCCGGUUAGGGUUUUUUAUAGGCAUGAUUGAUGAUGAUAAGGAAACUUCGUACUGGGGUUAAUGGAUUCUUCCCUUUCUUAUAUAUUUUGAUUAAAAAAACUUAAUAAUUUCAUAUUUAGAUGUACCAUUCCAUUUUUAAUGGAUACUUGUUUUGAAGGGUAACUAUUUGAUAUAAGCCUCAUUUUAAAGCUUCUAUUGUGCAGCCAUGUUUGAUUAAACAAAGAAGAAGAGAUUGUUUAUUCUUUGACAUUCUGUUCUGGUGUAGAAAAAUCGAAGAUCCCUCUAGUUUUUCUUAUUUAAUCCAAUUAUAUAAACUUCAUCAUUGUUGAAAUGCAAUAUAAAGGUUGUUUUAUAAAAUUGUGCACCGCAAAUCAUGAAGUAUAUCUGAAAAGAACAAAUACUACGAUAUAGCAACGCAAUGAAAACCAGUAGACUUUCCAUUAGGCCUUACCAAUUGCAAUAAUUCGGACUUAAGAAUAUAUCGUUAAAUAAGUUGAGUAUGAUGUGUAAACUAUAAAGUCUAUCUGUUGCUCCUAAAGUAAUAACAGUAUCUUUUUAUUCAUUACAGUUUAUGGAUCUACGCAUUUUAAAAUGUUAGGUCACACAUGACACAGAGUUUUAUUAAUAAUAUUCUGUAGACGUAUGUAAUGAUAUUUCAGUUUGGGCUCCGAAACCCCGGUUUAUACUUAAAAAGUAGGCCCAUACAAGGCCCAUUAAGGUUUAAAACAAGUCAUCCAGAUCCUGACCCGGAUUGCGGACCCGGUCUCGGAUUCGAGUUACUUCUCAUGAGAAAGAGAGAGAGAAGGAGAGCAGCUGAGUAAGAGAUGGCGAGCGAAUACAGAUGCGUGGGAUGUGGGUUCAGGGUUAAGUCAUUGUUCAUUCAAUACUCUCCGGGCAACAUUCGUCUAAUGAAAUGCGGAAACUGCAAGGAAGUUGCAGACGAGUACAUCGAGUGUGAACGCAUGAUUAUUUUCAUCGAUUUAGUCCUCCACAGACCUAAAGUAUAUAGGCACGUCCUCUACAAUGAAAUUAAUCAAGAAACUGUUAAUAUUCAGCAUCUGUUGUGGAAGUUGGUCUUUGCUUAUCUUCUUCUAGACUCGUAUAGAAGCUUGUUACUGAGAGGAACUAAUGAGCAUUCGAGCUUGGUUCUUGUAACUGUGAAGGUUCUAGUCGACGUCCUGUCAACAAAUCUUGCAUUUCUCUUCUCUUUUGCCAUUGCUGCUAAGGGUUUGCUACAUGAAGUUUCCAGAAAAAGAGAGAUUCUUUUGGGGAUAUUAAUCUCAAGUUACUUCAAGAUGUUUCUGCUAGCGAUGCUGGUAUGGGAGUUCCCAGUGUCAGUGAUCUUCAUUAUAGAUAUGCUUGUCUUAACAUCCAACUCCAUGGCUCUUAAAGUGAUGACUGAAUCAACCACGAGCAGAUGCAUAGCUGUAUGCUUAAUCGCGCACACAGUUAGAUUCUUGGUUGGUCAGAUCAUUGAGCCAACAACAUUCUUCACACAGUUUGGAUCUCUUGUAUAUCUAUCUUCCUUGUUCAGAAUUUUAUGAUUCCAAUUUCAGCUUCCACUAUAAUCUUUUGUUUUUGAAGAAAAUAUCAAGCACUUAUACAUGUUUCAUCCAGCUCAAUAAAAUGUAUGUGUUAUACAAUUGCAAUGGCUGAUUCAUAUUAUCUCUAGUGCUACUAACAUCAAUGGUAAAGUAA